AGCUGCAGCUACAAAUCAAGCAUGAAGAAAGUCCUACUCAUGGGCCGCUCAGGCUCAGGCAAAUCAUCCAUGCGCUCCAUCGUCUUUUCAAAUUACGUUGCAAAAGAUACUCGCCGUCUAGGCGCAACGAUCGAUGUUGAACAUUCCCACGUCCGCUUCCUCGGCAACCUCGUCCUCAAUCUUUGGGAUUGCGGUGGCCAAGAAGCAUUCAUGGAGAAUUACCUGCAAUCACAAAGGGAUCACAUUUUCAAGCAUGUAGAGGUCCUAAUCUACGUGUUUGAUGUGGAAAGUCGUGAAUUUGAGCGGGACAUGCAUACCUACGAGUCUUGCUUGGAUGCCGUUCGCGCCAACUCACCAACAGCCAAAGUCUUUUGCUUGAUACACAAGAUGGAUCUUGUUCAAGAAGAAAUGCGCGAUGAUGUCUACCUGGAACGCUCUAGCUACCUCGAGCAACGUUCUAGUGGUCUCAAAAUCACCUGCAUUGCGACAUCCAUCUGGGAUGAGACACUCUACAAAGCCUGGAGCUCUAUUGUCUACACACUCAUCCCGAACAUCCCGACACUUGAGAAACACCUGCAAGUAUUUGCCGAAUGUGCAGACGCGGAAGAAGUCGUCUUAUUCGAACGGACAACCUUCCUCGUCAUUUCUCAUGCCACGAGGGAUAGUGCAGGUGCAAUUGUUCAAGCAGAUCCUCAACGCUUCGAGAAGAUUAGCAAUAUCGUCAAGCAAUUCAAGCUCUCCUGCAGCAGAAUGUCUUCACAAUUCACGAGCUUCCAAAUGCGCAGCGCUCAAUUUAGUGCCUUCAUUGCGCAAUACACAGGCGACACGUAUAUCCUCGUCGUUAUGGCCGGUGAUGCGGAAAGUGCAACAACGCUGAUGAAUAUUGAUAUUGCGAGAAGGCAGUUCCAAAAGGUACUUGCUUGA